ACACCCCCACCACCUACAACACCUGCCCCACCACCUCCUGGUCCAAUAAUUCAUCCAGUAUGGUAUCCGUACCCUAUAUAUCCACCUGGAUCGGUAUUACCUCCUAAUUCACUACCGGGCUGGAUUCUGCCUCCUGGGCCACCAAACCAAGGUGGAUAUCCACCAGGAUCACAGAUGCCUCCUAAUUCUGGAUUACAUCCUCCACAACAGAAUUGGAUUCUACCUCCUGGGCCACCAAACCAAGGUGGAUAUCCACCAGGAUCACAGAUGCCUCCUAAUUCUGGAUUACAUCCUCCACAACAGAAUUGGAUUCUGCCUCCUGGGCCACCAAACCAAGGUGGAUAUCCACCAGGAUCACAGAUGCCUCCUAAUUCUGGAUUACAUCCUCCACAACAGAAUUGGAUUCUGCCUCCUGGGCCACCAAACCAAGGUGGAUAUCCACCAGGAUCACAGAUGCCUCCUAAUUCUGGAUUACAUCCUCCACAACAGAAUUGGAUUGUGCCUCCUGGGCCACCAAACCAAGGUGGAUAUCCACCAGGAUCACAGAUGCCUCCUAAUUCUGGAUUACAUCCUCCACAACAGAACUGGAUUCUGCCUCCUGGACCACCAAACCAAGGUGAACAUCCACCUGGAUCACUGAUGCCUCCCAAUUCUGGAUUACCACCGGGCUGGAUUCCUCCACUUGGGCCACCAAAUAAAGGUGGACAACAACCAGGAUCACAGAUGCCUUGUAAUUCAGGAUUAAACCCCCCACAACCAGACUUGAUUCCGCCUAAUGGACCACCAAAUCAAGGUGAAGGAGGAUUACUGAUGCCUCCUAAUUCUGGAUUAACCCCUUCACUACCUGACUGGAUUCUGCCUCCUGGGCCAUCAAAUCAAUGUGGACAUCCACCAGAAUCACAGAUGCCUCCUAAUUCAAAUGUAUCCUCCCCACCAGCCGCCUCGAUUCCGCCUCCUGGGCCACCAAAUCAAGGUGGACAUCCACCAGGAUCACAGAUGCCUCCUAAUUCUGGAUUAAUCCCUGAUAAUAAGCCAGAUAAUAAUCCAGCUAUAGUGGCCAACAUAAAUAUAAAAGAAUUGCACAUCAACAAAAACAAACUUACCAUACCAUUCGGAGAUAUUGUCAAACCCGAUAAUGUAGAAACCCCGCAACCCUGUCAAAUUUGCAUUACACCGUAACAAAAGAGAACAGGAGUAAGUAAACUUUUUAUAAAAAAAAAGUUUAUA